ACAGGGGUGCGGGGCGGAGCGGCAGCCCUGCUCGCCCGCAUGUUAGCGGGGAAGAUUUUGUAGAAAGCAGGCUUUUUGUCACUGGGAAUUAGAAAACGGGCGGCUCGCCCCCCGUGCAGCUCUCUCCCGCGGAGGCUGAUGAAGCGGAGUGGCGGGGCGGGGUGGCGGAGCCGCGCAGAGGCGCAGCGGGGACCGCGGCCAGCAGUGGCCUUGGCAGCCAUGUUUGGCCCCGAGGCGUUUUCAGGUGCCUGGCGUGGGGCGGCUGGAGCAGGGGAACGGCUUUAAGCGUCUGGCGUGGGGAAAUCGGGCGGCUGGGAUAAAAGUGGCUACCAGAAUGACAACUACCUUGCUUUGUAACAUGAUAUUUCUGCUGGCGUUUGGAUUGGCUUCAGCUUUCAGCCACAGCCCUAGGACCCCUGACAGGGUUUCUGAAGCAGAUAUUCAGAGGCUCCUCCAUGGGGUUAUGGAGCAAUUGGGCAUUGCCAGACCCCGGGUAGAAUAUCCAGCGCACCAGGCUAUGAAUCUAGUUGGUCCACAGAGCAUUGAAGGUGGUGCACAUGAGGGUCUCCAGCACUUGGGUCCUUACGGCAAUAUCCCAAACAUCGUGGCUGAGCUGACAGGAGAUAACGUGCCAAAGGAUUUCAGUGAAGAUCAAGGAUAUCCUGACCCUCCAAAUCCCUGCCCUCUUGGAAAAACAGUUGAUGACGGCUGUCUAGAAAACACCCCGGACACAGCAGAGUUCAGCAGGGAAUACCAGCUGCACCAACACCUUUUUGAUCCAGAGCAUGACUAUCCCAACAUGGGCAAGUGGAGCAAGAAUUUACUCUUUGAGAAGAUUAAUGGUGGUCCAAAAAGAAGAAAGAGGAGUGUGAACCCAUAUCUGCAAGGACAGCGACUGGAUAAUGUUGUAGCAAAGAAGUCUGUUCCACAUUUUUCAGAUGAAGACAAGGGUCCUGAAUAAGUACAAUAAAAAUGAAUGAUGAAAACUCAUGCCAUCCUCUGCUAGAUCGUACUAUUGCUUAUAUGUAAUCAUCUAUUAAAAUCCUUGUGAAUGGCAGCAUGUUUAUUAUUUAUAUAAUUGUAGAUGAAAAACAGCUGUAUUUAUAACAGUAUGUUCUCCUAGAUAACAAAAAUAUGGUUCUGCUUUUUGUUAAGUUAUGGUAAAAGGCCAUUUCUGUUGGUUUUAUUUUAGUCAUGGAGCAAACUUUAAAAAUGUUAGUCAUUUUAAUAGCUAACGUGAGGUAAAUGGUCUUAAUGAGCAGCUUGUAAAUAGGAAGAUGUGAAAAAAAUGUCCGGUUUGACUCCAACAUUUAAUCUUAAAUGUUACUAUGUUUGACACAUGAAAAUUAUAGUUUUAUGUUUUGUUCACAAAUAUUGUUACUUAGCAAAGACAAAGUAUUUAUUUUACCCAGAGAAUUUUGGCUUUUGGUCCAUUUUAAUAAACAUUUAAGCAAUCUACAAGGUUUGCAAAGUGACAUUUUCCAAAAUAUUUCAGAGGCUCAUUUGUCUCGGUUAUUGCUGUGCAAAUUUAAAAAUUAAAGAACUGCUUUUUGACUCUGUCCACUGGAAUAUUUUUCUGUUAAUCAUUCCAUGUCCACAACUUUCCUGAACACUUGCACAUCUUUCUUCCUUAUCAAUGGUACUGUUGUGUGGAAAUUAAUCUCCACUGCUGUUCUUUGUCUCAGGAACAGCAGCAUUUGGGCAUUAUAGUGUUCUUAAAUCAUGUGUCCCUGGGAUGUUAGAAGUGAACGUGGAGACAUUUGUCUGUGUUAAUAAGGUUGUGUCAACGUCCUCUGAAUCUAAAUUCAGGAUAUGAAAGUCAUUACAGUUGAUGAUCUUCUGUAAAACUAUGAUACUUUAGCAACACUGGUAGCUAUCACUGCUCUUGGAGCUGCUCCGGGAAGCUUAAAUUGCCUUUUUGUGCACCUAGGAAACUGAAGAACGUUAUGUUCCAGAAAGCUGACUUCUCUCUUUCUGAAAGAUGAGAAUAUAAAAUUACCUAAAAGUUUGUUACUUUCAGGUUGCAUCUGAAAUAUUUCAAGCCAUGUGCAUGGGACAUUGGAAUCAUGGAAAACAGCAUUAGCUUACAGCUUGGAACUUCAAAUCGAUGGAAAAAACCUGUGGUUUCCUUCCCCGUCCUACAGAAAGACACAGGAAAAUAAUGAUGACCCCUUAGAAAAAACAGAUAAGAAACUAAAGGUUCUAGCGACAUAAAUUAAACUUAUCAGGAUGGCACAAAUACGACUGUGUAUGGCAUACGCUUCUUCUAUCCCAGCACUUAGUAAUUUGUAAUAAAUUAUGUAUGCAGAAA